GCGGAAAUGGAAGCUGGAAGGGAAGAAGAGAAGUACGUGGACUGGAGAGGGCACACGGCCAAUCCUAAGAAGCACGGGGGGGUUUCCGCCGCCGCCUUCACCUGUGUUGUGGAGGCGCUGGAGAACAUGGUGUUCCUGUCCAACGCCACGAAUUUCGUGUCGUAUUUCACAAAGUCAAUGCACUACUCCACCGCCCACGCCGCCAACAUGGUCACCAAUUUCAUGGCCACCUCCUUCCUCCUCACCGUCGUCGGCGGCUUCGUCACCGACUCUUUCCUCAACAGGUUCUGGACCUUCAUCGCUUCCUGCACCACCGAACUCCUGGGAAUCAUGCUGCUGACCAUCCAAGCCGAGCAGAGCCGGCUCCAGCCGCCGCCAAACGAAACUCCCUCGGCUUCUCAGGCGGCCAUCCUGUACGGCGGGCUGUACGCGAUUGCGGUGGGCUUCGGCGGGAUCAAGGCUUCCCUGCCGGCCCACGGCGCUGACCAGCUGGACCAUGGGAACCAGGCCCGUAUCUCUGCCUUCUUCAACUGGUUCUUCUUUUCGCUCUGCAUUGGGGGCCUGGUGGCGUCGACUUUCAUGAUAUGGGUCCAGGAGAAUCUGGGCUGGAAGUGGGGGUUGAGGCUGUCGCUUAUUGCUUUGAGCUCCGCGCUCUGCGUUUUCGGAAGUGGGUUCCCCAUCUAUCGGUUCAGACGGCCCACCGGAAGCCCAAUAACAAGAAUCCUCAAGCGGUUCGUAAUUGGAGAGCCUCCCAUGUUCCUCGACAAAGCGGCCGUUGAUGGCACCGUAACCAGCCCGGAGGUGGAGGAAACAAGGUCCUUUCUCCGGCUGCUCCCAAUCUUCGGCAGCACAAUCAUGAUGAGCUGCUGCCUCGCCCAGCUCCAGACAUUCUCCGUGGAGCAAGGAAGCGUCAUGGACAGGAAACUCCGCGGCGGAUUCCUAAUCCCGACGCAGUCGCUGUCGGCUUUCUCUCUCGUCGUCAUACUGUCGUCCAUCCCGUUCUACGAGUACGUCAUCAAGUCGUCUCGAGCCACGGCGUGGCUCGAGAUCUACCGCCCGCUCAAGCGGAUAGGCCUGGGCCUGGCCCUCGCCUCGGCCUCGAUGGCUGUGGCUGCAGCCGUCGAGGUCGAAAGGAGGCGAUCGGCGGCCGCGGUCGACGACGACUCGACGAGGAGGCUGUCGGUUUUUUGGCUCAGCUGGCAGUUUCUAUUCCUAGGGGUGUCGGAUAUGUUGACUCUUGGAGGGAUGCUUGAGUUCUUCUACUCACAGGCGCCAAACAGCAUGAGGAGCAUGUGUACGGCAUUGGCUUGGGCCUCUACUUCGAUGGGCUUUUUCCUCAGCUCGCUUCUUGUGACGCUAACGAACAAGAUCUCGGGCCGGUUUGGGGACGAGUGGCUGGGUGGGCACGACCUGAACCAGAACCGGUUGGACCUGUUUUAUGCGGUUCUUUGUGUUUUGAACUCGGUGAACCUGGUUAACUAUGUGUUUUGGGCUAAGAGGUACUAG